GCGCGUCGGCGGCCACUCUCGCGAGAAGAGCCGUGUGGCCCGGGAAGAUGGCGCCCCCCAGUCCCCGGGAGCCCAAGUCCCCGUCAGCCACCAGCGCCACGCAGCCCGACGGCGACAUGGUGCUGCCGGGAUUCCCCGACGCGGACAGCUUCGUGAAGUUCGCUCUUGGAUCAGUGGUGGCAGUCACCAAGGCAUCUGGAGGCCUACCACAGUUUGGUGAUGAGUAUGAUUUUUACCGAAGUUUUCCUGGCUUCCAGGCAUUUUGUGAAACACAGGGAGACAGGUUGCUUCAAUGCAUGAGUCGGGUGAUGCAGUACCAUGGGUGUCGCAGCAACAUUAAGGAUCGAAGCAAGGUGACUGAGCUGGAGGACAAGUUUGACUUAUUAGUUGACACCAAUGAUGUGAUUCUGGAGAGAGUGGGCAUUUUGCUAGAUGAAGCAUCAGGUGUGAAUAAGCAUCAGCAACCUGUCCUCCCUGCAGGAUUGCAGGUCCCCAAAACAAUAGUGUCCAGCUGGAACCGGAAGGCAGGAGAAUAUGGCAGAAAAGCAAAAUCUGAAACUUUCCGGUUACUUCACGCAAAAAACAUUAUCCGGCCUCAACUCAAGUUUCGAGAGAAGAUUGACAAUUCCAACACUCCGUUUCUUCCUAAGAUCUUCGUCAAGCCCAAUGCUCAGAAACCACUCCCUCCAGCUCUUUCUAAAGAAAGGCGGGAACGCCCACAGGACCGUCCUGAGGACUUGGAUGUCCCCCCUGCCCUGGCGGAUUUCAUCCAUCAGCAGCGAACACAGCAGGUUGAGCAGGACAUGUUUGCACAUCCUUAUCAGUAUGAGCUGGAUCACUUCACCCCCCCAGAUUCAGUGCUUGAGAAGCCACGGCCCCAGUUAUACAGACCUGUAGAAGAAACACCCUGCCAUUUUGUAUCCUCCCUGGACAAACUUGUGGAACUCAACGAAAAACUCUUGAAUUGUCAAGAAUUUGCUGUAGACUUAGAGCAUCACUCUUACAGGAGCUUCCUAGGACUCACCUGCCUGAUGCAGAUUUCCACCCGAAUGGAAGACUUCAUCGUGGACACCCUGGAGCUUCGCAGCGACAUGUACAUCCUCAACGAGAGCCUCACAGACCCGGCUAUCGUUAAGGUCUUCCAUGGCGCCGAUUCUGACAUAGAGUGGCUACAGAAAGACUUCGGGCUGUACGUAGUGAACAUGUUUGAUACCCACCAGGCAGCGCGCCUCCUUAACCUGGGCAGGCACUCGCUCGAUCAUCUGCUGAAACUCUACUGCAGCGUGGAGUCCAACAAGCAGUACCAGCUAGCUGACUGGAGGAUCCGCCCCCUGCCUGAGGAAAUGCUCAGCUACGCCCGGGACGACACCCACUACCUGCUCUACAUCUACGACAGAAUGAGGCUCGAGCUGUGGGAGCGCGGUGGUGACCAGCCCACCCAGCUACAGGUGGUGUGGCAGCGGAGCCGCGACCUCUGCCUCAAGAAAUUUGUCAAACCUAUCUUCACUGACGAGUCCUACCUUGAACUGUAUCGGAAGCAAAAGAAGCAUCUCAACUCGCAGCAGUUGACAGCCUUCCAGCUGCUGUUUGCCUGGAGGGAUAAAACAGCUCGCAGGGAGGAUGAAAGCUACGGAUACGUCCUGCCGAACCACAUGAUGCUGAAGAUAGCUGAAGAGUUGCCUAAGGAACCUCAGGGCAUCAUAGCUUGCUGCAACCCAGUACCGCCUCUUGUACGACAGCAGAUCAAUGAAAUGCACCUUUUAAUCCAGCAGGCUAGAGAGAUGCCCCUGCUCAAGUCUGAAGCUGCAGCUGGAGUGAAGAAGAGCGGGCCGCUGCCCAGUGCCGAGAGGUUGGAGAAUGUUCUCUUUGGACCUCAUGACUGUUCCCAUGCCACUCCAGAAGGCUACCCAAUCACCCCAACUGCUGGAUCUGUGCCAGCUCAGAAAUGGUCGAACCUCUUCACUGACGGAAAGGAGGAGAGCCUGCUGGAUCCCAGAUGCCUUCUCGCCACAGCUGUCGUCACAUUGUUUAAUGAACCUAGCACUGAAGAAAAUGGAAAGAGUCCAUUAACAGUUGCACAGAAAAAAGCCCAGAACAUAAUGGAGUCCUUUGAAAACCCAUUUAGGAUGUUCCUGCCUUCGCUGGAGCACCGGGGCCACAUUUCUCAGGCAGCAAAGCUCGAUCCCUCCUCAAAGAUGUAUGAAAUCAGCAACCGUUGGAAGCUGGCCAGCCAGGUACAGGUACAAAAAGAAUCCAAAGAAACUGCCAAGAAGAAGGCAGCUGAGCAAACAGCUGCCCGGGAGCAGGCAAAGGAGGAGUACAAAGCCACCGCGGAGCAGGCCACCUCUGUGCGCCAGCAGGCAGUGCUAGAGCAUGCUGCUAAGAAGAGAGAGCGGACAACAAGUGACCCAAGGACCCUGGAGCAGAAACAGGAGAAGAAACGACUCAGGACUUCUAAGAAGCCAAAGUACACAGAUCCACCAGAAAAAGAUUUUACCCCUUUUGACUACAGCCAGUCGGACUUCAAGGCUUUUGCUGGAGACAGCAAACCCAAACCUUCCUCCCAGUUUGACCCAAAUAAGCCAGCUGUGUCCGGCAAGAAGGGCGUCGCAGCCAAAAAGCUUAAGCAGUCAGUGGGAAACAAAAGCAUGUCCUUUCCAACUGGAAAAUCAGACAGAGGCUUUAGGCACAACUGGCCAAAGAGAUAGUGCUGGAAGAGACCCUUGGGACCCCAGGAACUGGAAGCACCAAACGGUGGUGCUGCUUUUGUAUAAACUCAUUUUUAAACCAUUAAAACUAAUUCCUACUGGAAGAAAGCUGGUUCCUGACUCUUCCUUGGCUGCUGUGCUGUUCACCCCCACCCUCAGCUGUCUGUGAGAGAGGAGUGUGCUCUGGAGGUCACUGUGAUUUCUAGAAAAAGCCAGAACCACCCAAGGGAGUAACACAGAAGAACGCCUGUGACUCAGAAGAGUGAGGUGCUCACUCAGGUAGGAGGCUCCCUGGGCUUCCGACCCCGCCUGGCUUUGGGAUGAUGUAGGCAAAGCCGCGUGACGCCUGCUGUAGGGAAGAGGUGCUGCAGUGCCUUGAGCCAGUGUGGCUUCUGGAGAACCUGACUCUUCCUUUCUCUCUUCCUUGAAAAAAGGGAAAAAAAAGAAUCUUUGUCUUUUCCUGAUAAUAAAAGAAAUAACAUUGAGCUGCAGGUGUCGCUCAGUGGUAGAGCACUUGCCUAGUAUGUGCAGGGCCCUGGAUUCAGUCCCCAGCACUGCAAAAAGAAGAGAAAAGCACGUUUAACGGAGGAAGUGUGGGAAACAGAAAAAUGCAAACAAGAAGUUUAAUCAUCCGGCAAUGUGGUGUGUUUCCUCGUGGGCUUUUUACUGUGUGUGCAGAUGCACAGCUGUGGAGGUGCCCUCCAUAUCCAUAGGUUCCAUGUCCAUGGGUUCAGCCAGCCUGAGAUAGAAAAUAAUUUUUUAAUCACACCCAUACUGAACAGUGGGCUUUUAUUUACAUAAAUUAGGCAUUAUCAGUAAUCUGGAAAUGAUUUAAGGCAUGCAAGAUGGACUGGGGACAUAGCUCAGUGGUAGAGCAUAUGCCCAGCAUUCUGGAGGUCCUGGGUUCAGAACUGCACUAGGGUGUGUUUCUAAGCAGGUACACCAUUGCCUCUCCAUGUUUUGGUGUCUUCAACGGGUACUGAAACCAGUCUCCCAUAUACUUUUUUAAAAUAUCAUUUAGUUAUCAAUGGACCUUUAUCUUAUUUAUUUAUAUGUGGUGCUGAGAAUCGAACCCAGUGCUCACACAUGCCAGGCAAGUGCUGUACCACUGAGCCACAACCCCAGCCCUCCCAUAUGUUUUAGUUUGCAGACUUGGCUUUAAGUUUAUUGCUUUUCACCCUUAAAGUUUGUUCUACGAGAUUUUUCUCAUUCUGAGGCCAACCCUUGUAAUUAAAUAUGUAGGUUUCCAUU